AUGGCUUUACGGAUGGUCCUUCUUCACCUGGUUGUUUUUGUCUGCAAAGCUUUUUCAAAAAGAGGUGUAAAAUGUGGUGGUAUUUUAUCAGCUAGCACAGGAAAUAUUUCCAGCCCCAACUUUCCCGGCUUGUACCCCUACAACAUAGAAUGUGUUUGGCUUAUUGUGGUGUCAGAAGGCUCGUCGGUGCUUCUCACAUUUCACUACUUUGAACUGGAGUAUCAUGCCAACUGCUCCUAUGACUACAUCAAAAUCUACAAUGGCAUCUCCGAAGACGAAGGGAACCUCCUGGGAACGUUCUGUGGGGACACGUCCCCUCCCCAGUUCAGCUCCUUUUGGAAUGUUAUGUCCAUCAUCUUCCACUCUGACCGCCAUGUAGCUCACAGAGGAUUCACAGUGGGCUAUAGGAGAGAUAUGUGUGGAGGAGUUCUGACUGGUUUGUCUGGAAUCAUCUCCAAUCCAGGCUACCCACAUGAAUAUAGUAAUAAUGCAGACUGCUCGUGGACUGUGCAUGUCUCUAAUCGCAGUGUGGUGAGCUUGGUUUUCCUAGACUUUCAAUUAGAGAACAAUGAAGGCUGCAACUUUGACUAUGUAGCCCUUUUUGACGGCCCCACGACAAAAGAUAAGCAUCUUGGAAACUACUGUGGAGGUGAUAAACCCCCAGACACCAUCACCACAUCAAACCAAUUGCUUGUUGUUUUCAAGUCUGACUUCAACAUUGGUGGGAGGGGAUUUCGUGCACAUUACUAUUCAGCGGAAUGUCAGCAAAUUAUAACCUCCAUCAGUGGCAACUUCACCAGUCCAAACUAUCCCCACAUCUACCCAAACAACAUCAACUGUCACUGGACGAUCAGCCUGUCCGCUGGGUACAGAGUGAAGCUUUCCUUCCCUGUCAUGGAGCUGGAGGACCAGAACAGCCUGACGGGCAGCUGUGACUAUGACUAUGUGGCCGUGUAUGACGGGAGCAGUGAGUCUGACCCUCUGCUGGGUCGCUGGUGCGGCUCAGAGCAGGCUCCCUCCGUGCUCUCCAAGGGCAACAAGCUCUUGGUGGUACUCACCACAGACCGAAACUAUGCCUUUAACGGUUUCUUGGCCUCCUAUAUAGGAGUGGUACCCAUCAACAUCAGCUGCACGAGAUCAGAGUUUCAGAUCCAGAUCUCCAGGCAAUCUUUGCCUCAGCUGGAUGAUGAAAGCAUUUACUUGGGAAACACUGGCUGCCCAGCACAGAUCACCCCAACAGCCUACAAAAUCCUAGCUCGCUUUGAUGGCAUCUGUGGAACUGCUGGACAGAAAAGACAUAACAUCACUAUGCUCGUAAACAGCCUCUACAUUGACCUGUCCGAUGGGAAGAAACAGAAUGUUCAAGAAUACGAGGUGCUGUGCGAUGCUCAGAGAAAGCUUGCCUAUGUCAACAUCAUAUCGAUUGAGGAACGCAACAGACUGAACGAACUGGCCCGUCUAGCCUUGGAGUCUAUUGACCAAGGAGAUGGCGGAAGUGAAAGUAAGGGGCCUCAUGAGACCAGUGACAUCGUGUUCAUCAGCAUCUGUGUGCUUGCAGUUAUCCUGAUGCUAAUAGCUAUUGUGUGGCUUGUGCUGCUAUGAGCCAUCAUCCAGAAGGCCUAUACCCGUCAUUGUUGAGACUUCCAAGUCAUAUGCAGAGCAUAGACACUGGUCUCUUCACACAUAAUCAGACUGCACAACACUUUGCUUGGGAGCUCUCUUCCAGUGCAGUUUGUCAUAUGACCAUAUCCAUUGAAUGCUUGUCUUCAUGGGAAAUGGAACAAAUAGAUCCAGCAUGCCAGUCAGACCACAGCCACAUAGCCCUUGGUUCAGGAUGCGAGGGAAGUAAGAAUAAAAGUGUUUUUUGCUAUGGUAGUUGGAAAAAGACAUACUGUAUGGGUGGUAGCUUUGAAUCGUACUCCUUUUUUCAAUUAAUGGCUACUGCCCAAGGUAUACACUAGGUAUAUUAGACAAUAUACCUCUACAAAGACAUAAAAAAAGACCAUUGGUGUAUACAAUACCUUUUUUGUAAGCCACUUUUAAGAAAUAUUAUGUGUGCAUAAUAAAUCAACCUCUAUC